AUCAAACCCGUAGAAGAGGUCAGACAUAUAGAUGGGUCGAAAGUCCCUGGGACUGCAGCCACUGAAAUACAGAUAGAUAACCAAGGAGAAUAUUAUGAGGUGUCAGCGAGUGACCCUAAGGCGCGCAACAAGCUUCAAACAGCGGAGAUCAGCUUGAAUGAUUGUUUAGCAUGUAGCGGCUGCAUUACGUCUGCAGAGUCUGUUUUGAUUGCCAUGCAAUCUACCGCCGAAGUUUUGGGCUUCCUAGCGAACAAUCCGCCUCCUUUAAGCCCACUUCAUGCCAUCCCAGUCAUCUCCAUCGCCCCCCAAUCUCUCGCUUCUCUCUCUAGAGUUCUUAACCGUCUUCGCGCGUUCUUCCGUACCAAGUUGGACAUCCAAUCUGUUUUCGACACUACAUUCGCACGCCAUCUGGCGCUCACGGAACAUGUCAAGGAAUUCCAAGAACGCCGGAAGAUGCACUCCGCCUCCAACCCCCAGCUCCCUAUGCUGGCAAGCGCGUGUCCAGGAUGGGUAUGCUAUGCUGAGAAGACGCAUGCAGAGAUGCUGCCUUUCAUGGGCAAUACCAAGAGUCCUCAACAAGUCAUGGGAACCCUUGUUAAAAAGUGGAUGGGGUCCAAGUUCUCAAAAACCCCCGAUAAAAUAUAUCACAUUACCAUCAUGCCUUGUUACGACAAAAAACUUGAGGCUUCGAGAAAAGACUUCUACGAUGAAAUCUAUUCAACGAGGGACGUGGACUGCGUCCUGACAACGGGAGAACUUGAGAAGCUUAUGUGCGACAGGGGUUUUAAUCUCCGACUUCCCGUCCUAAAUGAGGAUCAACCACUCCCGUCAACUCCUGAUAACAUUCCAGAUUUAAUACAACAUGCUGGCUCGUCGUCUGGAUCAUAUUUGCAGCAGCUAAUUAAUUCGCUCUCCUCGGAUAUUCUGAACCCCAUUGUUGGGACACGUCGGAUACGCUCCGACUACGAGGAACACACUCUCACAAAUGCGGACACUGGUGAAAUCGUUUUUCGUGGCGCCAAAUGUUAUGGUUUUCGUAACUUACAGAAUAUUGUCCGAAAAGUUGGAAAGGAUAAUGGUCUUGCGGUCGGUCGUGGUGCAGCUGCAGGUAGGAUGCGGGGAAGGUCAACUGGAGGCCCAACACUUCGUGCAAUUGCCCGAAAGAGGGCAAUCGCCAGAGCGGGAGGUGAUGAUGCCGCUGCAACAGAGGGCAGCGACGCGCCUCGUGGAUAUGAUUACGUCGAGGUCAUGGCGUGUCCAGGUGGAUGUGUCAAUGGCGGGGGACAACUCAAACCUGCGAAGCAGAAUGUCAACCAGAAUGACGUAUUGCUUGAUUCAGAAGGUUUUUCAAGAGACUGGGAGCUGGCAGGUGCCCGCGUUGACAUGACUCCCGGCGAAGGGAUGAUGGCCAGUGAACGGUGGGGUGAUAAGGAUUGGAUCAAAAGGGUCGAGGACGCAUAUUGGAGAGAUUACCCAACCCCACCGGUGACUCCUCCCCAAUCUGUCUGCUCUGAUGAUAGGGGUGCCCUGUCAAACGCGCCCGAGACGUACACUAGCGCUGACGAGUUGGCUGAACAUGUUCUGGAGGGCUUGACUCAUGGUGACGAAGUGAGACGAAAGGACUUGUUUCGUACCCAGUACCACGCUGUAGAGAGCGACGUUAUCGGUCUAGCUGUUAAAUGGUAAUCCUUCAGAUGGGUGUCUCCGUAGUUUUGCGCUUCCGAAUGGAGUAUUGGUAGA